GUGGCCAUAUACGCAACGAGAAAUCGUUACGAUCGGACUGUACAGUUCGAACGGUAACAAUAAAUCGCUACAUGUAUGUUAUAAAACUGUACAGUUUCGACCGAUUUUUUAAGACUGUGCAGUCGAACGGAACAAUACAAAAAUUUCAAUUGAUUAAUCGGAAUCGGAAGAACUGUGCCGACUGAUCGUAACGUGUAUGCGCUCGUUCAGUUUUCGUGUUCAGUUUUGUCGUCAGUCGCAGUUCGGGUGGACGUGCGCACGCGUCAUGGCGUCUCAAACUAAUCGCGAAUGGCUAGAAGAGUUUAUUGAAUUAUAUCGCAGUGAACCUUGUCUUUGGAAUACUAAAGGCAAAGAGUAUCACAAUCGUGAAUUAAAACGUUCGGCGUACACUAAGCUGAUUGAAAAAUUAAAAAUAAUAGACCCUAGUGCUGACAAAGAUGCUGUUGUAAAAAAAAUAAACAACAUUCGCUCUACAUACAAAAAAGAGCGUAAGAAGAUCGCUGAUUCGAAGAAAUCAGGAGCAGGAACCCAAGAAGUAUAUAAACCAAAAUUAUGGUAUUACUCUAUGUUGCUGUUUUUGGACGACCAAGUUGAACCCAGACAUUCAUGCUCAAAUAUGGAUGACGAAUCAACAGACAACGAGGAAAUUGAAAGUGAAGCACAGUCAUCUCUGGCCGCCCAGUCAACUUCACAGUCAUCUCCAGCCGCCCAGUCAACUUCAGAGUCAUCUCCAGCCGCCCAGUCAACCUCACAGUCACCUACAGCCACACAGUCAACUCCAGAGACUCGUUCGAUUGCAAACACAUCAUUUAAUAGGAGUUGUUCAAAAAGGAAUGCAAAUGAAAUCCUAACUACUGAAGUUUUACAGUCUGUUCAAAACCAUUUCAAAAGGCCAGCAAUUAGUAAUGAAUUUGGAGCAAACGUUGCAGCUAAGCUGAGAGACCUCACAAAACAUCAACGUAUAUUGGCCGAAAAAAUAAUUAACGAAACAUUAUUUCUGGCAGAGAUGGAAAAUUUGACUAUUUCACACCAAGUGACUGAUUCAACCAGUGUGCGUUUCACUAAUUAUAGUUACAAUGUUCCCAGCCCCGUUUCACAUACUCCCAGCCCUGAUUUAAACAUUCCUAGCCCUUAUCAGAAUUCAAAUUUUGAAAUCCAAACUCAUUUAGGUUCCCAGUCAAUUCUGCAAACUUCUCAACAAGUUCAAUCCCAACAAAUACAAAAUUCAGCGGCUGCUUAUUUAACUACUUUUGAUAUUAAUACAAAUUAAUAAACCGUCAUUAUUAUGAUAAGUACAAAUUAAUAAACAUUAUAUUCUAAGUAAUUAGUAGUUUUUUAUU